AUGGCGGGCAUCGGCGGAUGGCAUGUACAGUUGGAUCACUUGAGCCUCCUGAAGCAGUUUGAACACCUGGACCCUCAGAAUCAGCACACAUUCGAGGCUCGGGACCUAGAGCUGCUGAUCCAGACGGCUACCCGAGACCUUGCCCAGUAUGAUGCAGCCCAUCACGAAGAGUUCAAACGCUACGAGAUGCUCAAGGAACAUGAGAGACGCCGUUAUCUGGAGUCACUGGGAGAGGAACAGCGAAAGGAGGCAGAGAGGAAGCUGGAAGAGCAACAGCGCCGGCACCGAGAGCAUCCCAAAGUCAAUGUACCUGGCAGCCAAGCCCAGUUGAAGGAGGUGUGGGAGGAGCUGGAUGGAUUGGACCCCAACAGGUUUAACCCCAAGACCUUCUUCAUAUUGCAUGAUAUCAACAGUGAUGGUGUCCUGGAUGAGCAGGAGCUGGAGGCCCUCUUCACCAAGGAGCUGGAGAAGGUGUAUGACCCAAAGAAUGAAGAAGAUGACAUGAGGGAAAUGGAGGAGGAGCGGCUUCGCAUGAGGGAGCACGUGAUGAAGAACUUCUUGGAACACAACCGGCUCUUUUCCACCUUAGAGCUCUUGGUCAUGCUGUUCCCCACACUAUCAAUUCCACCGGACUGA